AUGAACAAAAGCUGUUCUUCAAUAAACCUUAUCGGAAAGUCUGCAUCCUUCGGUAUAACAAUAACACAGUGGGAAAUCUCAAACUCACUCUCCACGCGCGAAUCUGCUAGAAAGAAACGUUGCUCUCCACUCAAAUUACAGCUGCGAAGGUGUAUUACGAGAGGCGGUGCCCAUUUACGGGAUUAUGCAUUAAAGACAAAUGUAGAAAUUUGCAGCCAAACGACAGUAUUCCAGAACUACAUGAGGCCGGAAAAUGCUCAGGCCACUCCAUGUGCGCCUCAACAUUGUAGUUCCUGGAACCCCGAAAUCCACCUCACCCUAGAGACAACUCAUAAGGAAAUCGCAGCGAAAGAGUCUUUGCAACUACAUCCUUAUGUUUCGUGGAAAGUAGGCGGUUGGGACAUGAAAAUAACGUCACUACAAAACAUGCAAGACAGCGCUUUCAACAAACGUUACGCAGAAUUCGCAGCGGGAUUCAAAAUGCUCGAUGAGAGCACUGCCAGCAAAGAUUUCAGCAGGUGCUCCAACGAGGUGAUCCGCACCUGCAGUCAUACAAGGAGUAUAGUACAAUGUGUUUGCCCGCACUACAGCUUGAAGGACUCGCAAAACCCUAUCACCACUCCACCACUCAUAGCGUCUCACCUCAACAUUACUGCCUUCAAAACAGUAAUAAUUGAUACACACGACGCCGAGAUAUCAUUACUCAUCACAUCAAAAAAGCAGAUUCAAAUGGCACAGGUCGUAAUAGACCCUCCAUGUAGUUUACACGCAACAGCUGUAAACUACAGUUGUCUUGAAGCCUAA